GUCGGCAUGGAUGAGUUGGACCAAACGGUCUGUUUCUGUGCUGUACAUCUCUAUGACUCAAAGGAAUCUGCAAAGAAAGGACUGUCAUUUGUAUCGUUUAUUUGACAACCACAGGACAUUUUAGCUGAUGAAGUAUUUUCGUCAAAUCAGGAUCGUAAGAAUUUUUUCACAAUCUCUGGGAGUAGGGAGAGUAAAUUUGUGCCAUAUUUAUUCACAUUAGUGUGUAUUCAUGAGACAGGUCUUCAGCAAGGUUGUUUGAAAAGCACAAAAUUUGAACAUGUAACUGAAGAUUUAUCCGGCUAAGCUCCUAAUUUUUUUAACCACCCCUUUCUCAUCAGACUCCACAGAUCAUAUCGAAGCAACUCCGUCACCACGGGUUUUUGUUGUCUCUUGGGACAGACGUGCGCCCAUUUUCUAGAUAUGCCACCCAACAAUAAUUCUCCUGCUCCUCGGAUGCUACCUGACCUGCUGUGUUUUUCUAGCGCCAUAUCUCCAGCAUCUGCAGUCCUCACUUUCACCCAUCAAUCAUUGCUGUUUACUCCUGGCUUUCCCGGAUGUCCACCAGCGCAGCUGAGCGCUGAGUCCAUGAUGUGAAACGGCUCUGCAGCGCUCGCCCCGUUAAUUCUGACCAGUUAUGCACCAUGCCGAUAGUAGACAAGUUGAAAGAAGCCCUGAAGUCUGGACGAAAAGAUUCUACUGAUGAAGGUGACCUUAACAAAUUGCUAACCGCUUCAGCAAAGAAGAUUCUUCUUGAGAAAAUUGAAUUUGAGCCUGCCAGCAAGGGCUUUUCCUGUCAACUAGAAAGUCUGAAGAGCAAAUAUGUCAUUUUGAAUCCGAAAACCGAAGGUGCAGUUGGCCAGAAAAAUGGUUGUUCCACCCCAACCAAAAAACAAGUCUAUGAAACCAGCAGCACUUCAAAUGAUGGGAUUCCAGCCCCUCAGAAAGUACUGUUUCCAAUGGAGAAGUUGUCCAUGAAAUGGGUCCGUGUGUGCAGAGUUGGUGCUGGACUCCACAACCUGGGAAAUACAUGUUUCUUGAACUCCACUAUACAGUGCUUGACUUACACACCGCCACUGGCCAAUUACCUCCUCUCAAAAGAGCACAGCAGGACAUGUCCCCAGACUGGAUUUUGUAUGAUCUGCAUCAUGCAGAACCAUUUGAUACAGGCCUUUGCCAACAGUGGAAAUGCUAUCAAACCAUUAUCAUUCAUUCGUGAACUAAAAAAAAUAGCAAGACAUUUUCGCUUCGGGAAUCAAGAGGACGCACACGAGUUUCUGAGAUACACAAUUGAUGCCAUGCAGAAGGCCUGUCUGAAUGGUUGUACCAAGUUAGACCGACAAACACAAGCUACUUCAUUGGUACAUCAAAUUUUCGGAGGAUAUCUUCGAUCUAGGGUUAAAUGUUCCGUGUGCAAGAGUGUGUCGGAUACAUACGACCCUUAUUUGGAUAUUGCACUUGAAAUAAGGCAAGCACCUAAUAUUGUCAGAGCCCUUGAGCUCUUUGUGAAACCUGAUUUUCUCAGCGGUGAGAAUGCUUACAUGUGUGCAAAGUGCAAGAAGAAGGUUCCAGCUACCAAGCGCUUUUCCAUUCACAGAGCUUCAAAUGUGUUGACCCUUUCCCUGAAACGAUUUGCAAACUUUAGUGGUGGUAAAAUCACAAAGGAUGUUGGUUACCCUGAAUAUUUGAAUGUACGUCCAUACAUGUCCCAAAGUAAUGGCGAGCCAGUCAAUUAUGGAUUGUAUGCAGUUCUGGUGCAUUCUGGAUAUAGUUGUCAUGCUGGACACUACUACUGUUACGUCAAGGCCAGUAAUGGGCAGUGGUAUCAGAUGAAUGACUCAAUGGUUCAUUGUAGCAAUAUCAAGGUGGUACUGAAUCAACAGGCUUAUGUACUUUUCUACUUGAGAAUGCCAAACUCCAAGAGCAGUGUUGAUGAUGCACCUAAGCAGAACAUGAUGCUGGCCCUUGCCAAAACGAGCAAUGGCACAACCAUACCCAAGAAACCCACAAUGAAUGGAUAUUUGAGUUCACCUCAGAUGACAAAGAAACCGGAGUCUCUGCAAGCCAAGUUGCAAGCUUCUGCAAGUGUUGGCGUGCCAGUCCCAAGAAACAGCACUAACCAGUCACCCAAGCUUCCAGUGAAACCAACAUAUGCACCAACCUUCAUAGAUGAGUCAUUGAAGAGGUUUAAAAAAUCUUUACCUCAGCUGCAACCAAAAUCUUCUCAGGGCCAGUCAGCAAACAGUUCAAGUAGCAGCAGAACAUCAGUAACAGAAAAUGCAAAGGUGACUCCACUAGAAAGCAAGGAAUUACCUACAUCUACCUCAUUCAAGUCGCUGUUAACUGGUGGAUCUGAGCAUAAAGGGAAAGAAGGCAUCCAUAACCAGCAGAAAGAUUUUGGCAGUCCGAAACAUGGUUUCAACGGGAGCAAUGUUGCAAAAAAUGGAUUGAAUAACCAACACUCUGAGCCCGAAGAGUCGGAUUCAGAAUCUCAAACACACAGCUCAGCUAAUGAGAGGACUGAGAGUAGUGCUGAGGAUCAGGGAGUGUCCAAAAUAAAGCCCCAGCUGCUUGCGGAAGAGCAGUCCAGCACAAUGUCACCACCUCCAGCUAAGAGGCUUGCACUGUCAGCCAAAAAGGCCAUCUACAGCUGGAAGGUGACAGAAAAUGAACCAUAUUCCCCAUCACUAUCAUCAGUCCACAAAGCAAAAUUAAUGAAAAAAGGCCACAUUUUUUCUUCUGCAAACAAAACUAGGACUUUUCCAUCUACUCCCAAAGUGCAGAUUUCCAAACACACAGGAUUUAGUUCUCCAUCUAAAAUCUCCAAGAAGUCAUGUAGUUCUAGUUUUUCUCAGUCGCAGAUGCGAUCAUUGGAAGCCAUGGAAGCAGCUUGGCAGCCUGCUCCCCUAAUAAAUGACAGCGCUACCUCAUUGGGAAAUCAUUCUUUAUCUGGUCAAGGUAUUAGUAAAACGUGCACUUCCAGGACUGAUCUAUCAGAUAAGACACACACACGCUGCAUUGACCGGUCCGUGGAGCCAAGGGACAGCAGUGAGAGACCUAAGAAGAAACGUAAACAUUUGAAAAGAGUUGCAGUUUCCUUUGAUUCUGAAUCAUUCAGCCAGACAACAUGUGAUGAUGCUGCCAAGACUGAUGGUAGAGAGAAAAUUAAAAGAAAGAAAAAGCGACAUGAGAAAGCGGAGAAUGAUGGUGUAUGUGACCAGUUACAGGAGGAAUCCGUUAAAGGCAACGUUUCACCUGAAGGGUUGAUCCCAAAGAAACUGAAGAAAAAAAGGAAGAAGCAUAAAAAAUACACAGAAGUGUUUGAAGUAAACGACCCUACUGAAUCUGCUGUGGAAAAUUGCUCAGGAUGGAAUGAACCGGAAUGUGAAGAACUGGAAAGGUCUAAAGGACUGGAACCACAAAAGAAAAAUUUGGAGAUGAAAGAGAGCCAAAAAUGCGAGAAAAAACACAGGAAACGAAAGAGAAGCAUGAGUUCAGAUGAUUGUACAAAUUCAGACCCUCCAGUGGAUCAGACUGUCAGAAAUCAAAAUCUGCAAGUCCCAGUGUUCAUGUGGGACAGCCAGAUAACAGAAGGGUAUAAACGCUCUGAAAAGCAUUCCAGUGAGGAGAGACCUGCACCUGCUGUCACACCCAUUGCAAGCUUAGCCUGGGAUGGGAAGAAGCAAUCCAGUGUCGUUCAAGAGCUUUUAAAACACUCAAGCAACAAGGCAUAUGGAACUGAAGUGCUGACUUGGGGUGGAGCAGUGUCGGCUGUUAGCCAAGAUGCUGAAUAUGACACAAAACAGGCAGAAGAUGCAGUUGUUGAUGAAUGGGAUGAAGAAUUUGACAGGGGGAAGGUUAAAAAAUUAAAGGGACUUAAAAGAGAGAGGAAAAGAAACUUCAAUGCUUUCCAGCAAAUGCAAAACAGAAGGAAUUUUUGGUCUACUACUCAUUCAGUGAAGUUUUCCAGGUUUUAAAAGGAACACAGAGUUCAGUUAGUUGAACAUGUCCACAGGCAGAAGCAAUGCUAAGAACUUUUAAGCGAUGCAGACCUACGUUCAGUGUCUUUGGUUUGAACAAUAAGACUGAUGCUGAAGCAAUUUGUGGUGGCCAGCAACCCAUACUAAGAUGUCUGGAGGAGAGGCUCAAUGGUUGCAGUGUGAGACUAAACCAGCCAUGAACUGAGGAUCUGCAAUUGAGUAUGGAUUACAUUUCUAGAAUUCUUUGAAACUCAUCGCGUCCAAAGCAAAAACUUGAUUCAGAAGUCCAUAGAAAUGCAGUAUGUUAGAUUGUUUCUGGUUUAUGUGACAAAAUGCAAAAUUGCAUUGCCAGUUUAUUAAUUUUCUCUUGCCCUUGGAGGAAUGAAAACGGAAGUCCUAAAUUGCACGGUAGCAGCUAGUCAUGAUAUUCAGUUGCAUUACUCCAUGUUGUGUGCAUUUUGACCAAUUGGUCAUGGGAAAAAUGUCCCAUUUUAUUAUAGAUACAUUCAGAUUCAACUGAUGAUCAAACAUAAGAAGUAACAAGCUAAAUCCCUGCAUUGUGGAAGUUCUGCACUGUUAUCUGCUUCUGUUAACUGGCUAUUUUAUACCUGUUUAGUUGAAUAUAUAGUUUUAUAUACAGCGCAAGAUUCAAGCAUUUCCAUCAUUUAUAUUGAAUUGUGUCAACGUUUACCUAACCCCAUUUAGCUAAAUGUUUCCUCUGUAGCUGCCAUUUUUCCUUUUUGUUUUGCCUUGCAUCUCUUCUGCUGAAUCGUUGAAGUAAAAAAUAUAUUUUCCCUCUUUGUUUUGCAUUGCAUGCCAUUUCCAAGCAAUUAAAGAUGAUUAGCCUGCUCUCUUCAGCCCCCCCCCCCCCCCCCCCCCCCCCUCCAGGUGUCCCAGUUCACAAUUUAGUUUCUUAUUCGAUUAGUCUGCAGUUUCACUUUAUUUAAUGUAUCAGGUAUUGAAUCUGCUUGACAGUUCGUAAAAUAAGUGCCUAUAAAAUGGAUAUCAUUUGGUUGACCUUUAGAGAACAGUAAGGAAUUAGCUGUGAUUAACAUGCAGCAUUUUGAGUUUGCCAAAAUGCUGCAUGUUAGCAUUAAUUUCCUUUUGCGCAAUAUUAAGAAAAAAUGAUCUGUUAGGUGUCAAAACAGUGUUCUCUCUGUUUCCAGGAAACUUGUUAGAAUAAGGUUCUGAAUGUCAAGAUUAGUUGUUUAGAAAAUCAACUUUUCCAGUGUCAUAUUAUUGCUAUUGGGGAUAAUGGACACCUCCAAACGUUUAGUUCUCAACCUGUGUAUUAGGAUAGUUUCAAUUCCAUUUAAUCAUACUUCUACAGUGUGUAUAUUCAUUACUGAAGGUACUUGCUAUUUUUCCCAGCAGAGUACUCUUAACUGAAACUGUGUAGAAUUGGUACUCUGAAUAGAAACCAGACACUGGGAACAGUCAGUACACAUUAAAAUGUAACUGUAUAUGUUGAUCAAUGAUUUAGUGAGAAUGUACAGAACCUGCUGCUUUACAGGGCUUCAAUUUAGGGUUUGGCUUCCCUUUGCUUCAAAUCUUCAGCUCUUUAAACCAAGACUCAUUACCUUUCAUUAAAUAAUAAUUUCCUGUAAAAUACCUGUGUUUAGGUGCUUUAGGAUAUUAGAAGAAAGAAAUUAUCAUUAUACUGAUGUGAAAUAUGUUAAUAUUUAAAAAAAAAGGUGGAGUUAGAAUUUAACAAUACUUUCCUGUGGAAAAGUGUAUUUUCUAAUGUUUAACUUAUCAAGAGUUUACGUUUUGUUUGUUAAAAAAAAUGUAUUUUAAGAAGUUACAGAUUGAAGUGCCACCUAAGUUCAUAUCUUGUUUAAACUGUAUUGAAAGGAUUUAAAUGUGUUUUCAGAAUUCUGAGCAAGUAAAGGUAAUCUGCUAGUGUUAAUAUUUGAGCAACAUAAUUGAAUUUAGUUCAAUGGAAUGUUAUUUAGGUUUCCAGUAUCAACUAAAAUGACUUGUUAAAAUCAAAUUUAUGUGGUUAACUGGUUAGUUAUUUUUUUGCAAAGAGGACAUUCAAGGCUACAAAGCUAUUAUUGAACUUUACUGACAUCAGGCUGAACUCAAUUACAAUUCUGAGGCAUAUCAUUUUGGGGGUAAAGGCAAUGUCUGCUAACUUGAAUGUAUUUUGCUUUCUUUGAUUCUGUAACAUAAUUUUGUAUUAAUUUGCAUAGCACUCAAUGGUAAACAUAUGCCUCCAUUGAGCUAAAAUUCAAAGAGAGACAUUUCAUGGUUAAAUCAGAUAUACAUAUUGCUUCAAAUAAAUUUCAGUUAGGAGUCCAACCAGUGUUUCAGUGUUCAGAUUUGUGCUUUUCGCAGUAAUGGCUCUGUUAAAAAAUAUACUUCAAUGUUAACUGUUAGACUCUCAAUAGAAAUAGUAAAUGGAAUUAUUGAAACUGAAGCACAGCAGCAUCUAUAUGUAUGUAAACCAUUUUUUAGUUUGCCUUUUACCCAUGGUCUUACAUCGAUAUUUAUUCUUGUUAAAAGCCAUGAAUGGUCGAGUUUACAUCAGAAGUGAAAUAAUCUGUUUAGCUGAGAAUAUUAUAUUUUUAAAAAAUUUAUUGUCUAUUUUUCAUCUGCAGGCCAGGCUUUUUCAUUUUAUGAAGUAACGGUUGCAUAUCAAUUAAUUAUUAGUAUUAAUUUUGAGUUAUAAGGCUUGGUCUCCAGUCUGUCAUUACUAACUACGCAAAGUGGUUCACUAUGCUGGAUGCUGAAAGUUGCUGUGUUGAAGUUCAAAAAUUUAAUCGUGGCUCCUGCAAUUUUAUGUUUGGAUGCCGCUGCUUCUAAAGGAUUUGUUAAAUGGUGGGGAAUACUUGAUGCAUUUUCUUUCUUUGUGUGAAUCAGUGAGCAUUCUAGUGUUGUGACCUGACUAAAGCAGUCAGCCUCUCUCACACUCACUCCCAUCCUCACUCUCACUCUCACUCUCACACUGUCUUCCCUUCUCAUCCACAAUCUGGGUUAAUAAGACUAUUAUUCAUUUGUAAUUUUGUUCUGAUAAGUUUGCUUUGUGUACAUUCAUCUAAACGUUAAGCUGAAAAUCACUGUGUAAAUUGGCACUAGGACCAGAAAUUAGUUUUGAAAUAUUGUCUAAAGUAAUAAGAUGGACUGAAGCUGUGUUGCAUGGGUCAGUUUUGUUUCCCUUUUCCUUUUGAAAAUUAUUUUUAUAUUUACAGGACUGAAAUGUUUUAUUUGACAAUUAUUUAUUAUGUUAAAAUGUAGAAGCAGUGAAACUGGUGGGUGAGGAGAGUUUAUGAUCUGUCAUUCAAGACCUUGAGAGUGCUCAUGAAUAGCCAGAAUCACAGAAGAAGGCCAUUCAGUCCAUUGUAUCUGCAUUACUCUCCAAAUUAGAAUCAUGACUUGGUGCCAUUCUCUUGCCUUUUCCGCAUAUGUUUAAAUAUUUUCUGUUCAUCUAAUGCCCUCUUCAAUGCCUCAGUAGAACUUGCCUCCACUACACUUUGCAUCCCAAAUCUGAACCAUUUGUUUUUUUUUAUCCCAUCACAUUUGCUUCUUUCUAAAUUUACUUUCUGUGCUUUGUCAUUCCCUAUCCUUUUAUGAGUGGGAGCAAUCUCUGUACCUCUUCUAAACAGCCCCCUCGUGAUUUUUAAACCUGCCACCUAUCUUCAUUGCUGUUGUUGCUGUAAAGGAAGCAGUGACAACCUCUCCAAUGUAUCCUCAAAACUCAGUUUCUCAUCCCUAAAGUCAUUUUUGUAAAUCUCUUGUGCAAUCUCCCUCUUCAAUGCCUUCACAUCCUCCUUAUAGUUUUGCACCCAGAAUUGUAAUCCAAGCAAGACCGAAUCGAGGGUUGUAACAACUUCCAGGAUUACCGCCUUGCUUUUUUUUUCGAUUAAUAAAACCCAGGGUACUAUAUACUUCAUUAAUUGUUCACCCUACCUGUCCUGCCUCCUUCAAUGCUCUGUGCGCACACAUAUCCAGAUCCCUCUGCUCCUGCAUUACUUUAGAUUUGGGCCCUUUUUGUUUUAUAUUGCUAUCCAUAUUUUUAAUAAAAUGCAUCUCCUCACCUUCUCUGCAAUGAAUUUCAGCUGACAUUAUCUGUCCAGCUUAUCAAAAUUGUUUUGAAGCUUUGUCAACCUCACAGUUUGGUACAGCAUUCCAAUGAAUCCUAUUCCCCAACAUUAUUCCCCUUGCCCCAAAAGUUUACCUCCCUGAAAUGUUCAUUUGCUUUGCCAUUUGAAAACAUUGUUGAUCUAUGCUUUACACCAAAGUCAUAGGUGGCAAGUUUCAGAUCAUUGCCAUCUGCUUUGUUUAAAAAGAUUUCUUCUUCAGUGUGGUUUGUCUCCAUUAUUUCGAAUGCCUCUAUACCUCUUGCACUUCCUUUGCUUCAAACAGACCAAACCUAUUUCUCCAAUCUCAUCUUGUAGCUAAAAAUUCUUCAUCCUUGGAACCAUUCAAGCAAAUCUCCUCUUAAGUGACAACGCACACUUGCAAAGUAUGGUGACCAGAAAUGGGUAUUAAUCUCUAGUCGUGACCUACAAUCAAAACUUUAUAAAGGUUUAGGAUAACUUCUCUGCUUUUAUGUAAGAUACCUCUGUUUACGAAUUCCUAGAUCCCAUCUGCUUUGCUGAUGACACUCUUAAUUACUCCUGCCACCUUCAGGCAUGUCCCCUGUUUCUGCCCUCCCCAGGGUUCCUCUCCACGGUUCAGCAAUGUAAUCACUUGGUUAUGUGUAGCGUAGCUCGAAUACUAAUGUGCAUCCCUGUUUAACCAGUCUUAAUGUUCAAGUCCACUAUUUAAAUGCUUCUUGCACAGAGCUGCCAAAGUUGGAGAAUAGAAAUUGGACUAUGUACUCCAGAGAUUAAGUAGAGAGCUAUUGUACUUGUUUGUAACUUUCUGCCUUCUGCUGCUACCCCCUCCCACCUUACCAAACAGCCCAACACAAAUUAAAAGCCAAGUGUGGAACAAACUCAGCAAUUUGGAAGAAAAACCAUGGACCUGAAAUAUUAACUCUGUUUCUCUAUCCACAAUGCUGCCAGAUCUGUUGCAUUACUUCUGCACUUUGUUUUUAUUUCAGAAUUCCACCAUCUGCAGUAGUUUUAUAGUUGUUUCAACAUGAACUAACUUUUUUCAAAUUUGUUUAGCAUCAGUAACAGUGGUUUGUAUUGACUGUGUCAUAUACAUCAUAGAAAUAGACCAUCUGUAGUAUUUGUUUCAGAUAAACCAAAAUAACCUUGUAUGGACUGUCCCAUUCUUGAUUCACUCAGUGCAAUAUUGCUUUUAUGCUGAGAGUUUCUGUGCUUCAACUUGAAGCAGACAAAACUGAAUUGGAUGUUGUUUACAUUACUGGUUAAAAGUUCUUUCUGUUUCAGUCACAAAUAAACCAAAUAGCUAAGUUAGAAUUGUGCUUUCCUAAAAUUGAAUUUGUAGUGCAAAAUUUAAUUGUCAUAUCCCUUAAAUGAAGGGGCUCCAAAUGGAAGAGUGAGAACUAUAAACAACCCAGCUCCCUUCCAAAAAAUAACUUAGGUCAAGAUAAAGAUCUAUUUUUACAUUUAGACAUUGAUAUCUCAUUUAUAAAAUCAGGUUUAGGCAUAGUGUUACCAAGUUUUAAUUUGUAGUUUCAUUAUGCUCUGUUAUCAAGCACUCCUGAAGAUGCAUGUGAUUUCUAUUGCCACUAAGAUUUCCACCACAUAGGUCUCAUAUUGGUAAAUAAAUCAAUGAACUGUUUUUAAACUGUGUUCCCACUGUCCCCAAACCUGUUCUGCUCACUGUUGAAUAUUGAAAUGACGAAGGGUUGCGAACAUAGUACAAAGUUAAAGCAGAAUUGUUUUCUAGACCAAUUAAUUUUAAUCCUUUUGUACAGAAAUUAUUUAUCACUGGAAUGUAAUGUCCAAUAUUGAAUAUCCAUCAUCAUAAAAUGUUUGUAUGAAAAUGUUGCCGAUCUUCUGACCUGAAAGAGAUCUAUUUCUUUAUAAAGUACCAAGUUGCAACUUUAGUUUUUGGUGUUCGAUUCUGGACUGUAUAGAAAAUGCUGAUCUAAUACCAGAAUUAGUAUUGAAUAUCCUGUGCUUCCAAUAAGCUUAAAGCUAAAAAGUGUGAUGAUCUCCUUUAAUGUAUUUCUAUGUAGUUGCCAUGGUUUCCAUUGCGUCUGACCCAGUCUGAAAGCUGUUUGGAUUGGCAGCUGUUAGUUAUCAGUAGUUAGUUUAAAAGACUAUACUUAAACUGUAUAUGGGUCAAAUUAUUGACUAACAUCAAUGCAGUUAACAUAGGCCACUGUUUCAGCAUUUCAGGCUCUGAUCAUAUGUCUGUUACUGUGAAUUAUCUGCAAUAUAUAUCUACUUUGGUAUUCUGAUUUUCCUUGUAAUCUUGAUGGUUUUGAACACUUUAUUGUCUGAAGAUUUCUCCUUCUGAUUGUGUUUAGUCUUGACAUUGUGUUUUUUGCCUUUUAUUGAUAAAUUGUCUCUUGAAAAUGCGUACAAUAAUGUUGUCUCUGUUGUGACAUGGAUAAAAUAUAUGCACAUUUACAUAGAUUUCCUGUGUUUUCAUCACUUUUUAAAAUUAAAUGUUAAACCAUUUGUUCUGAUAAUUGCAUGCUUUAUCCCCAACAUCCUCAUUGCUUUCAUCAUGACUUUGAAACAACCUCACCACUUUUGGUAGUCUGCGACAAUUUUGAUCCAUAGACCUUUUGGAGAAUGAACCAAAAUGCAUAGUCUCAAAGGGGAAUGUAGUCACU